CCAGGAGGCAUUCCAGGAAGUAUUUAUUCCAGGCUGUGGUGCUCACAUGUUUUCCUCGGUGUGGUAUGACAAGCCCAUAACAGUGGCCGGCUCCAGUGUUGUCUUUACCAGGUCAUCCAUCAGUCACUACAGGAAACAAGUUAGACCACACUAUUCAUUGGACACGUCAGUUUGAGCUACAUGUCGUCUUGGUUUCCCAUGCUAACAGUCCUGAGCAUGUUUUAUUACAUUUGUCUUCGGCGCCGUGCCCGGUUAGCUAGUAGGGGAGAAAUGCUUAACAGUCGCAGAGCCAUUGAAUCAAACAGCCGUGCUUUGCCAAUGUCUAUUGAAGUUGUACAGUAUGCCAAAGAGGUUCUGGACUUUAGUUCUCACUAUGGAAGUGAAAAUAGCAUGUCUUACACCAUGUGGAAUUUAGCAGGUGCUCCCAAUGUCUAUCCAAGUUCGGGGGACUUUACCCAGACAGCUGUGUUUCGGACAUAUGGAGACUGGUGGAAUCAGAGUGGCAGUUCUACUCUUCCUUUCAAAAGGACCUCACCAAGCUUCUUCAGUCAGGAUUAUGUUGAGCUUGCGUUUGAGGAGCCUGUGUAUCCUACAGCAGUUCAUAUUCUUGAAACUUAUCAUCCUGGAUCCAUUGUCAAGAUUCUUGCCUGUUCUGCAAAUCCCUACUCCCAGACCACUCCUACUGAAAUAAGAUGGGAAACUAUCUGGUCGGCAGAACCCACACGUGUCCAUUCUUCUCAGGCUCGCCAGUUCACACCCUGCAUAAAAGAAAUCGAUUUCCCAACAAAUCUAUUACGCCUGGAAACGAAUAGCUCUCUCUCGGAAUAUUACACAGAGUUAGAUGCUGUGGAAUUACAUGGUGUGAAAGAGAAACCAAUGCUCAUAUUGAAAACAGCUGCCAUUGAUAUGAAUGAUUUGGAUGAAGAUGAAUAUGAUAAAGAGGGCUGUGGAAUUGACUGCCUUACGAAUCAGUUCAGUAGCUCCAGCCUCAGGGAUUGGACUAAUAAUGGAUAUUUUGACAAGCUGCCUUAUGAGCUAAUCCAGUUGAUCAUUAGCCAUUUAGCACUUACAGACAUGUGUCGGCUGGCACAGACUUGUAAGCUCCUGUAUCAGCAUUGCUGUGAUCCUCUUCAGUACACCCACUUAAGUUUACAGCCUUAUUGGGCCUCUCUGACUGAUGCUGCUUUGGAGUAUCUUUUGCCUCGAUGCACACUAGUCCAAUGGCUGAAUCUUUCCUGGACUGGAAACAGAGGUUUUAUCACUACCUCAGGAUUUAGCAGACUUUUAAAAGUGUGUGGCUCUGAGCUAGUGCGUCUGGAACUGGCCUGUGGCCAUUUCUUAAAUGAAGCGUGUCUGGAAGUCAUAGCGGAGAUGUGUCCAAACUUACAGGAAUUAAAUCUCUCCUCUUGUGAUAAACUGCCACCGCAGGCUUUCAACCAUGUUUCAAAAAUUUGUGGAUUGAAACGCCUUGUUCUGUACCGCACAAAAAUUGAGCAAACAGCUCUACUUAGCAUUCUGAACUUCUGUCCAGAACUGCAACACCUUAACCUCGGCAGCUGCGUUCUGAUUGAAGACUAUGACCUAAUAGCUGGAGUUAUAGGUGCCAAGUGCAAGAAGUUACGUUCUUUAGACUUGUGGAGAUGUAAAAAUAUUACAGAAAAAGGAAUAACAGACCUUGCUUCUGGUUGUCCUCUUCUUGAAGAACUUGACCUUGGUUGGUGUCCUACUCUUCAUAGCGGUACUGGAUGCUUUACAAACCUUGCUCGUAAGCUUCCUUGUCUGAGAAAGCUCUUUCUUACUGCUAACCGCUCUGUGUGUGACUCUGAUAUAGAAGAAUUAGCAGCAAAUUGUCAACAUCUUCAGUACCUUGAUAUAUUAGGUACUAGGCUGGUGAGUCCACCAUCUUUACGAAAAUUGCUGGAAUCCUGCAAGGAGCUUGUCCUACUGGAUGUUUCUUUUUGUUCACAGAUUGACAGCUGUAUAGUUCAGGAACUUGUUUCCAGAUUUCCAAAUGUGUCCAUUAAAAAGAGUUUCACUCAGUAAAUAUAAAUGCAGCUCCAAUAUGUUUCAUGUCUAUAAUGGAAAUACUUCCUUUUUUUUUUUUUUUUUUAAGGCCCCAUUACAUUGGGAAAUUAUUGGCCAUACAGACUGGUAUCACCCUAUGUAAUAGGGCCAACGAUCAGCCGACGAAUGAGCAAACAACUAUUCAUCAGCUGAUGGGGUCUUUUUGCACAGCUUAAAAAUCAACUUUCAUUGGCCGCACCUCUCAGGUGAGGUGUGGCAAACAAAUGAAGGCAGUAAAGGGCCAUGUCAAUUAUCCAGUGAUUGUUCAUGCGGGCCUUCUGGUACAAUAGGCUCAGUAAUUGAGGGCUGAUAUUAGAGAUAGGCACUUGUUUACAGGGAGUAGCGGGCAAUGUAUUAAUGCCCUAACUGCAGCUCUUCCAGCUAUUACCAUGUCCAUAAAAUAUAAGUUUGCUGAGCUAAACUUACAAUACAAAUUGAAAAGAAUUGUAUGUGUUGAAAGAUUUUGUGGAUUUUUUUUUUAGAUAAAUUAUUAUAUUUUUGCCUUGUUCUUGAAAUACACCUUUUUUAUUGAAAAACUUUUAUUUAAAUGCUCAUUGUCAUUUUGAAAAUCUUUUGACAUGUCCUAGUGACAUGUUAUAAGUUUAGAUUGGCGGGGUCUGAGUGUCGAGGCCUCCACCGAUCAAGAGAACGAGUUGGGAGAAGUUCACACUUAGCUUGUUCUCUCCCUGCUCCGUGUCACAUGAUUGAGACAAACUCGCAAUGUAAGUUUAUAAGCGUGUCUCUAUUACGUGACACAGAGGCAGGGAGAAGAGUGCACGGCAGCGCAGACUUCUCCUGACUUGUUCUCCUGAUUGGUGUAGGUCUUUUCACUCCCUUUUGAAACUUUAAACUUUUGAUGCUAGGACAUGGUAAAUGACAGGUACUCUUUUUAAGGCUUCCAUGGCAGAUGUAAUGUUCUAUACAAAUCUGAAUAUUUAGUAGUUAUAAUGUUAAUGUGUAUUUAUUACUCUGAAACAGAGAUCCUAAAGAAUGACCCUAAAUUAAAAUGGUUUGUGAGUUGAUAAAUAUCAAUAAAAGGAAAGGUUAAAGGACCUUAAAGGGGUAUUCCAGGGAAAAACUUUUUUUGAUCUAUUAACUGGCUCCAGAAAGUUAAACAGACUUGUAAAUUACUUCUAUUAAAAAAUCUUAAU